AUGGCAGCAGCAGAGGUUCAAAACGUCCUGAUUUCCGCAGCACUGGAUUUUCCUCAGCAUACCCAACGCCACAGCGCAAAAGGUCUGGAUGAGUCGGAUAAGAGACACAAAGGAGUGCAAGCAAUUCUAAAUUACCACAAAGACAACGAGGAUGGAUCACCUACCCAUCCUAUAUACGUCGACAGGCCGGAGACGUACGAUCGACCAUUCCAAGCUCAUUCUGUUACCAUAAGCGAUCUCACAGGUAACGAAGAGCGGUUUUCGUUGGACAGAAAUGGGUUUCAAAUUUAUCGCAGCCAGUCGACCGAGAAGCAAUUUCAAGAUGACGAUCAGAUUAAGUCGUCUUACUAUGCGGAAGUUGAGGAGCUUUUGAAGAAUGUGACGGGUGCCAGCCGUGUUUUUAUCUUCGACCAUACUAUUCGCCGCCAGCCGCCCGGGUUAGCAACGCAAGGACAAGCGGCUCGCGGACCAGUGCAACGAGUUCACAUUGAUCAAUCUUACAAGGCUGCUCUUUCCCGAGUUCCCCAUCACCUCCCGGAGGAUGCCGACCAGUUGCUCAAGGGUCGAGUGCAGAUCAUCAACGUCUGGAGGCCCAUAAAAACGGUACAAAGAGACCCACUCGCCGUUGCGGAAGCCGGGUCUGUUUCCGAGUCGGACCUGGUCGUGACUGAAUUGAUUUAUCCUAAUCGCCGAGGAGAGACAUAUGCAGUGAGGCACAACAGCACCCACAAGUGGUACUACAAGGAUGGUCUGACACCGGACGAAGUGAUUCUCAUCAAGUGCUUCGACAGCAAGACGGAUGGAAGAGCUAGGAGAGUGCCACACACAGCUUUCGUUGAUCCAACGGCAAGCCCAGAUGCACCACCAAGAGAAAGCAUAGAGGUUCGAGCUCUUGUUUUCCACCCGGAAGACCAAGACUAGGUCAUGGAUCCUUUUGUAUUUCCUUUCUUCGGCUGCGGUGUAUACGCAAGGUGCCACCGGAUUCUUGAACUCGAGCAAGCUUCACGUCAGUAGCGGUAUCAUGACGCGUAGCAAAGCCGUCAUUAUUUUAGCAAAAUCGGAAUUCAAAC